AUGGCUAAUGAACCUCAAUUGCAUUCACCUUCAACAACUCAAAACCGAGAACCUUCAGUCGUGAAUAUAGGUACAUAUGGUAAUGAUCAUGGUAAUGGAACUGGUAACAGAAGUGGAGGUUUGGGCAGUUAUCAGUCACCAGACACGCGUGAGUUGACCGUCAACGACAUUGCGGACAUAGAUGAUCCGAUAGAAUUGUUGGAAAAACUUACAAACACAAAAUGGGACUCUCGCAAUCUGGAAACUCCUUCUUCUACACGCACAAGUGCACAAUUCGCAAGCCUUUUAAACGCUGCCGAGAUGGCUGGAGGGGUAGAUGCUAGGCGAUCAGGUACCCCAUCGAGUAACAGUGGUAACGGACAAAGUACUCGAGGCUCGCCAGCAAGGACAUCUUCAAAGCGUGGUAGGGAUGAAUCGGAAGAUCGAGCAGAGGAAGGAGGGGAAAUGUUUGGUUUCAUAAAUGCCAAAGCUAAACCAAGAAAAGUGCGCAAACUCACAGCGGAGGAAGAGGAAGAAGCUGCGAGAGAACGAGAAAUAUGGGGGUCGGAGCCUUCUGAUGUUGAUGAUGAUGAAGAGGCCGAGGACGAGGGUGAAGAUUCGCAAGGCAAGUCCUCGGCAAUUCCUGAUCUCAAUCCAAGAGCGCACGGCGUUCAUUCAGCUGCUGCACUUUUCCGAAAAACAUCUGCAUCAGGCCGAAAAUACACCAGACCAGCGAUGUCGAAAGUUUUCACAAAAUUGGAGUUAGCACCUGAAGAUUUCAUUACGCUCCAGGCUGCAGCCAAGGACUACAUGCUAGAUCCGAAACACCCAGAUCGAAGCGCCUGUAUUGGCACUAAAGAAAAAAGAGAUAAUGAUUUGACGAAGCUGAAGCUCUAUGCUUGCGUCAGGAAUUUUCUUGCCGAUGAGGGAGAGGGAUGGGGGGAGAGACUUUUUGGUAGAAACUCCCCGAGUGGUGCUACAAGAAGAUGGUUUUGGCCUGACAUGCCAAACAAAAUUACUCCUUUAUUGCGUCGCAUGGUUACCAAUGAGAGACAGCGGUUAUAUGCCCUCAACCUUAGAAAUCAAAAAAGGAAAGAAGAAGAGUUAUAUCAGUUACGCGCCGCAUCCUUCAAAAACAGUCAAGCAUCUCAAUCCCCAUUAAUUGAUCCUCAACUCACCUUACCCGAUCAAAAUAUAGUCGAUAAACCUAUUGCAGACAAUUCAGCCGCGAAUAUUGUAGCUGAGACGCAAACUGCCAAAGCACCAGAAGUUAGUGCUAAGCAGCCGGCACCACUUGAGUACCAUAUUAACAUUAUCCACAACGGCAAACGUAUUAGGGACAUGUUUACCUUGAAUCCAACAAAUUGUGUAGGCUUUGUAAGCUUUACUGCACAUGUUGACGCAGCGAUUAAGGCACCUUACAAGAAGACAGCUAUGAAGGUGUUGGGCCCUAAUGGCUUGGUCGAGGUCAGAUCAGAGGCAACAUAUGCCAUGGCUCUAUUGUCAGUGAGAAAGACAGAAUGGAUGGAUGGAGACGUCAAAAUCAUCGUAGAGACAACAAAGACCGAGUGA